CAUCUGCUACCUAUAAACCAGAUAUUGUUUUGUUUCCAAUUAAUUCUGAGUGAUUGUUAAUCCUGCCAAAUGUCGUACUUACUCACGGAAAUAGCUCUGGAGAUGCUGGGAUACAAGUUCUACGACACGAACGGUACUUUCCACCUGACCAACUUUCAGAACAACUCUACGCAUAGCGAAUUGCAUCCUGACGAGCCUUCGCUGACUGCGUUCAUUGAGCAGGCAGAGUCUCCGGAUCAAGAGUCAAUCAGUCGAGCAGUAGCAGUACAGGAUCAGGAGGAGGAGGCGGAUCUGGUCGCCGAUCCCGUCUCCGAGUCACGCAAUCCACGACGCACGCCGGCCAAGGCUCUGGCCAAAAUAAUGGACUACGAGAGCGAGAAGAUUGUCAAUCAGAUCAGAACUCGUCUAGAGCGGUCGUUGGGACGGCGGCCGGAGGCUGACAGCGGUGAGCUGCUGGGCGAGAUUAUGGACGAGGAAAGAAUCCUAAUCAGGGCCGACGCCAGCGUAAUGCGCAAGUUCCGCGAAUUCCUUCAGACGCGCUUGCAGCGACUGGACCAGCGCCCCUACGAAAAGUACAUGCGGACCUUUGGCGCGGAGUAAGACGGCUGCCAAUGCAAUAGGAGAGUAAAUCGAGUUAAGAACUAGCUGUUAAAUUGUUUAUAAGCAUUAAUAAAUUAGUUAUCGAGCA